CUGUUAAACUGGCUGCCGUACAAUUCACCUGCCAUUAGAAAAGGCAACAUUAAAUUAUAAUGUCUCAGCCAGCAAUUCUUAUAUUCUAGUGAAAACAAAAGUUUGUGGAAAUCUCCAAUGCAACGAGUUACCAUCACUGUGCAAUAUCGUAUACACCAAAUUUAGAAUAAUAGUAGUUUAAGAAAUGUGUUCACCAAAAUAUAUUUUAAGUAUUUUAUUUUUAGUGAUUAUUAUAACACCAUCAGCUCCAGGUGUAGACGGUAAUAUGAUGUCAAUGCUUGAUUUCCGCUAUUUCCGAUGUGUCAUGAAAAGGGAAUGGAAGUGUCCUGAUAGUGAGAUUGGCUUUUAUUUGUUUACCCCGGAACGUCCAGUAAGUCAGAGGAUAAAUGUGAGACAUAUACACCUCUUACCGAAAUUGGGAUGGAAAUUAACGAGAAAAAACGUUUUCAUCGUCCAUGGAUUCAAUGGUACACAUGCGAAAACACCCAUGUCUUUCAUACGUGACGCAUACCUGUGGCGUAAAGAUUACAAUGUGUUUAUGGUGGACUGGUCAAAGCUGUCCAGGUUUCCGUGCUAUUUAUCUGCUCUAGCGAAUAUGAGGUUGGCAGCACAAUGUACAGCUCAGCUAUACUCGUACCUAACACAGAAUGGAGCGCUUGCAAAAAUGAUAACAUGCGUGGGCCAUUCCCUUGGAGCUCAUAUUUGCGGUAUGAUGUCUGCACAUCUCACAAAGAAACAGUAUAAGAUUAUAGGUAAGUCUGUUUUUCUUGAAUAAACGGUUUGAUGUCACUUUUAGUAAGAUGCGCUUGCGAAUGUUCUCCUAUUUUGAAAAAGGGAACCCAAAUGAUAAUUAUAGUACACAUAU